CUUUAACUCCCAGAAGUGAUUAACAUACAUUAUUGAGCAAACAGGUAAUGAGAAAACUCAAACUUAGACAAGUAGAAGUUGUUAUCUUGAUCCGGUAUCACCAAAUUCUUGUCACCAAUUUACCAAGGAAUGAGUAGAAGUAAGAGGGGAGAAUUAACAAUCAGAUCUUGGGAGUUAAAGGAUUAAGGAAGACCGUUGGGGACCUGGACCUUGUCACGUUUCACUGAACACAAUAACAAAGAGUCACUGUGAGUUUCUCGAAACUUGAAUUUUUAUCAAUUUGCCCUCAGGGACGUUGCUUUUUAAAACAUGCUAUAGCUCGAAACAAGUCGAUAAUGAGUGGGCCAGCUUACAGUCGACCGUGUGUUGACCUCGAAUUUGCUGAGCAGUUAGUAAGGAAGUUGUACAACUUUGAAAGGAUAAGCGAAAUUAAGGAGUUAGACAGCUUCAGCGACCGAAACUUUUACGUUCGAGGGCAUAAACGCAUCACAGGUCAAGAAGAAGUCGCGAGCAACUUUUACCCUAAUCAUCUCGAACAAGGGGAAUACGUCUUAAAAAUUUUAAACUCUGAUGACAGCAAGCAUGGUGAUCUUGUUGAAGCUGAAAACGCAGCAAUGUAUUUUUUGAGGGAAAGAGGCUUCCCUUGCCCGCUGUUGUUUCCUUUGGCUGGAGGUGUAGAUACAAAAUCACUCGUUCGAAUUCCGGUGAGUUCGAAUGCUAAAUGUGGCGCGAACAAAAACACCCUUCAAACUGCCGAAUACGAAUGGUGUAUGGCUCGUCUGAUAUCCUUCCUUCCAGGCCAAACGGCAAGGAGUUUAGAGAGGAAAAUGAGCUUCGAAAAUCUUUUCAUGGUUGGCAAGUUUAUCGGGAAUUUGAGCAAGGCUUUUCAGGUACGCUACCACGUAUAUAGGCAUAAAACAGCGGUCUGCGGCAAACGGUUUAGUUCUCGGUUCGAACGAUGAUGUUAAAUGGAUGUAACUUUUGCUCCCCUUUAUUUCCUGGAGACGAAAACAAGGGUAGUAAUCUCACGGUAUAAAAAUUGACCAGAAUUAAUUUGCACUUAAUCGACUCUGAAAUUUUUGCUUGUAAACUAUGAGUUACGUAAACAGUAUUUACUUGUGCUAUAAAUAAACAGAUAAAUUUAGCUUUCAGCUAUAAAAUGAUUCCCACGUUUCGCGCUUACGGAUGAGGCAAAUUUUAAGUUGAACUAAUUUUUUGUGAAAGUGUAAUAUUGUCGUGACACUUUAAUAUCAUUGUUGGAUUCUGAAAUCAUCUUGAUGUACAAAGGAACCAUGCAACCAGAAAUCGACCCAUCUCAAAUCAAUUAAUUAAUUCUCAUAUGUAAUAUGUUUUUGUCCGUUUCUAGGAUUUCAAAAGUCCUGUAUCACUCAUUAAGUCAGACAGAUGGUGUAUAGAAAACCUAGCUUCCCUCGAGUCUUGCGUUUCUUCCAUUGAAGGCGAAGAAAAUAAGAAGCUUGUCCGUGAUGUCCUGGACCGAUUUGCGACUAGCGUAACUCCGAAGAUUUCUCUUUUACGGCUCGGCACAAUUCACAAUGACCUAACUGACACGAAUCUGCUUUUCGACACGAAUUUUGGUGAGCUUAGAAUUUCCGGACUGAUCGAUUUUGGUGACAUCCGCUGGUCAUGUUAUCUGUUUGAAUUGGCGACGGCUGUGGCCUCAUUCACCAAGGAAGACGACGUCUUUGUGUCCAGCGGUUACUUUAUAGCUGGUUACGAGGCUGUUUUUCCUCUCACUAGUCAAGAGUUUGAGCUGUUGUACGACGUCAUCUGCGCUCGAUUGUGUCAAGUUUUCCUUAUAACGUCAGAAAAAGAGAAAGAAUGUCCAAACAACGAAUAUGUAAAGAAAUUAAAGAUGGAUUACCUGAUGAAAUUGAAAGCUUGGUCGUCAAACUCGAGGGAUGAAGUUAUGUCGGUUUGGCGAAAAAUUGGGAGACACAGACACAAGCUGUAUUAG